GACAUGAGUGGCUCGCGAGGCUCCUGGUCGCUUCUCCGAUCAGGAGACACAGUCAACACAAGCUGGACAGAAGGAACCGGGGCCCCGCUGACAACCCAGACCUACCUGUUUCUGGAGAUCCUCAUGGUGCUGAUGUGUGUGGGAGCUGUAACAGGUAACAUUCUUGUCAUUGUUAUUGUUGCGGCAACCAAGACUUUCCACUGUGUGACAUCGGUGCUGAUCAUGAACCUGGCCAUCAGUGAUCUGUUGGUGGGAGCAGGAGUGAUGCCUUUCAUCGCCCUGUCAGUCAUGGACAGUGGAUGGGAGAACUGCACUGAUCUCUGCCUGUUUGUUGGUUACACCUCCUCUGUGUACUGCACCGCUUCUGUUCUGACACUGGCUGCUAUUGCUCUUGACCGGUACUACUCCAUCGUGGACUGCCUGCGUUAUAGCUCACGCUGCACCCUGUGGAGGAUCUGUGCCGUGGUCCUGUGGAUCUGGGUGCAGGCUCUGACCACCAGUUGCCCUCCUCUGCUGGGCUGGGGCUCUUUUAGCUAUGUUGAUUCCAUGUACAGCUGUGCAGUCAACUGGGCCAGCAGUCCCAGUUACACAGCGUUCAUGGCUGCUCUGUCCUACCUCAUACCAGCAGUGGUCAUCCUCUUCUGCUAUGUGAACAUUGUCAAGGUGGCCCGCAGCCAUGCCAGGAGGAUUCAUACACUAGAGGAUUCUGUCCAGCGCAGCAGGAAUGCAAGUACUGCCUUCCCUCCGGCUGACUUAUCUCACCAGAGCUGUGGGAGCCUCCACACUCCUUCAAAACUCAUCUAUCAUGUAAGUGGACAGUUUGUGUCUGAGGUCAGUAGAGAGCAAGGGAGUGAUAUCAGCCCUGCUCUGCCUGACUCCACUGCAGAACAGAACAGCUCUACUUCUAGACGUUUGUUCUCCCUCUUUGCCCAGAGCGUUUCCCAGUCAUCCCUGCAUAACUCCCAGCAGCACCAUAAUCACCAUGGAGUGGUGCGUCUCUUCUUAGUUAUCUCAGCUUUUUUCCUGUGCUGGACACCUUACAUUGGAGUGGCCCUGGUCCAGGCCACAGAGUUUGCAAUCUCAGGUCAGUCCAGCCUCAUCCCAAGUGGUGCUGUUACCUUCUCCUACUGGCUGGUGUUGCUGAACUCAGACAUCAAUCCUUUACUGUACGCUCUGCUAAGCAAGCGUUUCCAGGGUGCUCUUCAGGGACUAAGGCAAAAAAUAAGAGCACGGCUUGGAAGUGUUGUGGGAAGGGGAGGAGGGGAGGCCAGAACGGAGGGUGAUGAUGGCAGGAGCAGUGAGCCCUGCACCUUAAGCACCACCAGUCCUGCUGCACCUUCCAGCUCAGACAGUUCAACCUCUGAUGAGUCCAAGUAUUGCUCCUCAGUGUUCACUGUUAGUGCUGACUUUAAACAUCACUCUGAACAGCAUCUGUAUAAAAUAUGUCACCCUACACCUACCUCCCCUUCCUGUUCUGUGUGCCAAGAUGCUGGUGGUGACAGGAGGGUGGACUGUCUGCAGGUCCCCCCACGGCCACAGGAGGGCACCAGACUUCCUUAUUCUGCACUGACUCAUGAGAGACAGGCCACUUUCUUCUAUGGACAGAUUACAGUGAGAGUAGAACAUGAUGUUUCUUAG